GUUCACUGUGUCUUUUGUCGAAUUAAAUUGUUGUUAGGUUUCGGGCUCAAUUACUCCCAAUGAAAAUGGCAGUGAUUCACAACAAAAGACUGAAAACAAUGCAUUGUCGAAUGGUGUUGAAUGUAGUAGCACAGUGAUGUCUGAAGAAAAUAGUAACCCAACAUCCGAGUCAAAUGGAAAUGCCACCUCUAAUAGUGUUGCUAGCAUUUCUGACAAAGAAAACCAAUCGACGGCCUGUCAUUCAACGUUGGGUGACGUAAUUGAUGGUAAUAAUAACAAUACAAUAUACAUCGAUGAUGUAAACGGAAAUCAACUUGUUCCCGAUAUUUUGCACAAGACGGAGGAAAGUGGGAUUGUUGAGGACAGUACGAGUACGAAUGAUGCCGCGGGCGAUCAGGUUGUUGAUGGGAGUGAAAAUGAGUCACGGGAAGAAGAUGAAGAGAUUAAGUUAAUCGAAAUGCAGAUAUCAAAAGGAGUUCUAACGACGUCCAUGUUAGAUCAAGAGAAGGAACUUCAGCAGCAACAAUUGGAAGAAGAAAAGCAUAUCGUCUCAGAGGCAAUGGAAGAAUGGGAAACGACAGUCGAAAAACAACGUUAUACUCGGCUACAACAUUUAUUGCAAAAGUCGAAUAUUUACUCCAUGUUUCUUCUUAAACGGAUAGAGGAACAAAAGGCAGAGAAUGAGAAGAAAAAAACUCGAAAGUCGAAGGAACCUGAGAGUGGAAAGAGCGAGGAAGAUAAAGAUUCUCCACAGACUGUCCCGAAAAGGAAAUCAGCACGCAAGGGUAAACAGAAGUCCACUACUUAUAAUAUCACAGACUACGUCGAUACCGAGGCCUUGAAAAAAAUCAGCAGUGAAUCUGUCGUACCUCACGUGUCAGAUAAAGAUGAUACUCAAGCAAAAUUUGCCGUCGAACAUCACUCUUCCAAAACUGAUUCCUCUGAGACUGGGAAUUAUGAAACACCAAAACUUCUUACAGGUGGAACACUCAGAGAUUACCAGAAGGAAGGAGUCGAGUGGUUGAAGGUUUUAUUCGAGAAUGGUGUGAAUGGUAUUCUUGCUGACGAAAUGGGUCUUGGCAAGACAGUCCAGUGUAUCGCUUUAAUAGCACAUUUAAUCGAGAAGGGAGUGCAAGGUCCAUUUCUUGUCACUGCACCAUUAUCCACGUUGCCAAACUGGCUUUCUGAGUUUAAAAGAUUCACUCCAGACAUAUGUUCAUUGAUCUACCACGGUAUCCCUGAUGAAAGAGCUAAAUUAAGAAAAAAAUUUUCUAGACUUCAUGGCGAAGGUUCCUUGAAAUCUUUCCCCGUGGCUAUCACGUCUUACGGAAUAAUAAUGAGAGAUCGCGCACACCUGGUGAAGUACAACUGGAAGUAUCUCAUUGUUGACGAAGGGCAUAGGCUUAAGGAUACAAAAUGCUUGUUGAUACGUGAAUUGAAAGCCUUCUCAGCCGCCAAUCGUUUGCUCUUGACGGGAACACCGCUACAAAACAAAUUGUCAGAGCUGUGGUCACUCUUGAAUUUCAUAUUGCCAGAUAUAUUCAACGACUUGAACAACUUCCAGGCGUGGUUUGAUUUCAGUGCUAUCUCGGAAAGCGACGGAAGUGAGAAAAUUAUCAAACAAGAACGUGAACAUCACGUGUUAGAGCGCCUACACGCAAUUCUUACUCCUUUCUUGUUGCGACGUCUUAAGUGUGAUGUAAGCCUUGAAGUUCCACCCAAGAAGGAGAUAUAUGUUUAUGCUACCUUAACCCAGAAACAAAAAUAUUGGUAUAAGCUCCUACUUGAUAAAACUCGUCUCCAUGAUGUACUGAAGGACGAGAAACAAUCAACACCGCCGUCAACACCAUCUUUAACACCGAGUGGUCGCACCCGACGUAGUUGUAGACGUAAUACGGAUUACAGUGUUUAUGAUAGUGACAAAUUGAGCUACGAUGAACUGAUGGAAAUAAUGUGUGAAGAAGAUGAAAGGAAAAAAGAGGCUAAAAGAACAGUUUCGACUCCGAAAACGUGUGAAAGAAACAUCAAAAUCAUGAAUAUUCUUAUGAUGUUGCGAAAGACGUGCAUGCAUCCAUAUUUACUCGAGUAUCCAUUAGACCCCGUAACCCAAGACUAUCGUAUUGAUGAAGAAUUAAUUGCAUCGUCUGGUAAAACUCUCUUACUCGAUCAAAUGCUACCGGAAUUGAAAAGACGAGGACAUAAGAUUUUGUUGUUUAGUCAGAUGACAAAAUUAUUGGAUAUUAUGGAAGACUUUUGUUAUCUACGCGAUUACAAGUAUACACGAAUUGAUGGCUCGACGACACUUGAAGACCGACAGAUAAAGAUUGAAGAUUUUAACAAAGAGCCAGAUGUCUUCAUAUUUCUUUUAUCUACUCGUGCUGGCGGGCUCGGUUUGAAUUUAACUGCUGCAGAUACGGUGAUUAUAUUUGAUAGUGAUUGGAAUCCACAGCAAGAUUUGCAAGCACAAGAUCGAUGUCAUCGUAUUGGGCAAACUAAGCCCGUUGUUGUUUAUCGACUUAUCACCGCCAAUAGUGUUGAAGAAAGAAUCGUCGAAGUCGCUUGUGAGAAACGUCGACUCGAGAAAAUGGUGAUUCAUAAAGAAAGGUUCAAAGGAACUCGAGAUGACACGAAGCUGAGUCCGAAAGAAUUGGUGGAAUUAUUGCAAUCAUCAGAUCACACAGCUGCAAUCAAUUCAGAUGAUAUCAGUGACGCACGUGUGUUAUCUCCUGAGCAAUUAGACAAGUUAUUAGACCGAAGUGAUAUGAUCUCAGGAGACACAACUGUUCCGGAGGCCACUGAUAAAGAUGACAAACUUUUUAAAGUCGUUUGAGUUGAUUUCUACAACUAUUGACGACAAUUGCGUUACUUAAUUCAUCAUCCUUCCCUCGUUGCCAGGACGACUAUAAUAAUUGUUUAUAUGUUGCGUUGACAUUUUCUUAAUGACAUUAUUACUUCUGUUACUGCAGUUCAUUUUUGUGACAGGCCUGUAAAAAGUCAGUAUGAAGCUGUUCACAUAAUUCCGCUUAGCCGAGAUUUAACGAAGCGUAAAAUGUUUUUAGGUAUUGAAAUGAGUAUAUAACGUGAUCCUGGCAGCUGUCGUGCGGUCGUCCUAACAAUAGCAUGUUUUGUUUUGUUUCAAGAAGACCUUUUUUAAUACCUCAAAAUCAUCCCAUGCUUCGUUAAAUCUCGGGAAACCAGGCUCACGUGAACAUCCCCGCUAUAAAUUGUUUGUAUAAAAGACUAGAACGUUCCAGCGUGAGACAAUUGUAAUUUUUUUACUUGUAUUUAUACUUAAUACCAUCAUUAUAACACCGCUUGUUAAUAUGCCACAUGAAUACUAAAAUGUUGAUGCAAAUACGUCGAAAAUAUUUAAAAAUAAUGUUUGAAGAAUUUAUUGUAAAUAUAUAUUAAAAAAAUGAA